AUACAGAAUACUAUUGCUAUACAUGUAUCACAUAAAAUUCGUGCACAAAUAAAAAACUUGUAAAUCGUAUUUAUAUUUCAAGUCGUAUUUAAUAAAGACAAAUUCAGAAAUUCGAAAGGAGCAGGAUGUGUACAUUUGAGUACAUUACGUACACUGACAUGCACCUGGCAGCUGGUUGCAACAUGUCGCUCACGUGGAAUCCUUCAAAGAAACAUAGUGAACGUGAAAGGUGGAUAUGCAUCUAUCCCAUAUAUCUGAACAGCAAGAGAAGCUUGGCGGGCGGGCGGAAGUUGGCCAAGGACAAGUGCGUGGAGAAUCCAACGCAUCAGGAAAUACGGGACGUCCUGCUGGCGGCGGGCCUGAACGUCGGCGUCGAGAAUAAGCUGCAUCCGAAGGAGCGUAGCAAGGAACCCCUGUUCCGCGGUCGUAUCCGCGUGCAGCUGAAGAACGACGACGGCACGCCGGUACGACCCGAGUUUCCCUCCAGGGAUUCCCUGCUGGAGUACGUCGGCUCGACAAUUUUGAAGCUGAAGACUCGCCAGGGUAAGCAGAGCUCCAGCGAGCAGGCGUCGCAGCCGUCCACGUCGACUUCAAAGAAAGGGAAAGGCAAGGGAAGGAGAUAAAAAGGAAGGAAGCAGAGAAGUGAGAGUUAAGAGAGUGAAUUUUUAUUUAUAUAUAUUUUACAUUCUAUAAAACAUUUGUAUUUAUAUACCUACAUAUAUAUGCUCAUAUUUAGAUUAUAUUUAGAUUCUAUACUCUUUCACACAAGAGAUAAGAUGGGAAUUAAUAUAAUACUAUAAUUGAAGUAUGUAUCUUCGAAAUGGAUUACAAUUAUCUCAUAAACUUUUCAAUUUUA